AUUGACAGAAUGUCGUACUUAUCUUGCAAGCAUGACAAUUGGUUGGAUCAUGGCAUUAUUAUUCUUAUUUACGACCAUAUAUACAAUUUAUUUAUGUGUUCAACGUGAGAAAAUUCGUAAUCAAUUUGCUCAAAAUGAAAAUGAAAAAGAUAGAACUGGGUCACCCUCACCCAGUUAA